UCCCAAUCGAGCACGUACACAUUAGAAUCAUCUACAAGUGAAAGUGGAUCAACGGUGCAAACUUCUGUGUACACAUCAAGUACCUCUCUGUCUUCAACAUCUAUUUCAACAGAAAGACAAAGUACAUCAGAAUUCACUUCAUCAACAACAGAAAUACCUACUUCCAGUGUAGAGCAAACAACAAGCCAACAAACACAAACCACUCAGUUUAGUUCAACCACAGAAACAGAACCUACAACGACAGCUCAAUCAACAUUUACAGUUAGCUCCCCUACGAGCAUCUCCACAUUGGAAUCAUCUACACUUGAAAAUGGUUCAACACUGGAAACUACAUUGUCCACAAUAGGUACCUCUCCAUCCUUAAUGUCUACCACAACAGAAGGACAAAGUACAUCAGAAGUUAUUUCAUCAACAGCAGAAAUACCUACUUCUAGCGUAGAGCAAACAACAAGCCAGCAAACACAAACCACUCAGUUUAGUUCAACCCCAGAAACUGAACCUACAACAGCUCAAUCAACAGUUACAACAGCUAUGUCCCAAUCGAGCACGUACACAUUAGAAUCAUCUACAAGUGAAAGUGGAUCAACGGUGCAAACUUCUGUGUACACAUCAAGUACCUCUCUGUCUUCACCAUCUAUUUCAACAGAAAGACAAAGUACAUCAGAAUUCACUUCAUCAACAACAGAAAUACCUACUUCCAGUGUAGAGCAAACAACAAGCCAACAAACACAAACCACUCAGUUUAGUUCAACCACAGAAACAGAACCUACAACGACAGCUCAAUCAACAUUUACAGUUAGCUCCCCUACGAGCAUCUCCACAUUGGAAUCAUCUACACUUGAAAAUGGUUCAACACUGGAAACUUCAUUGUCCACAAUAGAUACCUCUCCAUCCUUAAUGUCCAUCACAACAGAAGGACAAAGUACAUCAGAAGUGAUUUCAUCAACAGCAGAAAUAUCUACUUCUAGUGUAGAGCAAACAACAAGACAACAAACACAAACCACUCAGUUUAGUUCAACCACAGAAACAGAACCUACAAUGACAGCUCAAUCAACAUUUACAGUUAGCUCCCCUACGAGCAUCUCCACAUUGGAAUCAUCUACACUUGAAAAUGGUUCAACACUGGAAACUUCAUUGUCCACAAUAGAUACCUCUCCAUCCUUUAUGUCUACCACAACAGAAGGACAAACUACAUCAGAAGUUAUUUCAUCAACAGCAGAAAUACCUACUUCUAGCGUAGAGCAAACAACAAGCCAGCAAACACAAACCACUCAGUUUAGUUCAACCCCAGAAACUGAACCUACAACAGCUCCGAAGAGCUAA